CAGGAUGCGAGGAUGUUGCGUACGCAUGUGCCCGGCCCUGGAAGCCCAGGAGCGGUCGGAGAAUCAUGAGCUUUCGAAGUACGAGCGACCACCGUAUGGAUGCCCGGUGAAGAGGUAUCGCCGCUCUGCUGCAGGAACCAUGAUCGACCCUGCCGAUGUCCGCCCUGUGCCAGUGCUGCUAGAAACGACGCACCAUUUGUUGUCGCUUUUGCCAUCGGAGCUAGAGCUACCUCUAGACUUGUACCACUUUUUAGACGAUCGCUUUCGCGCCAUUCGUACCGACUUGGUCCUGCAGGAAGACGCCCCGCCCGCCAUACUCCAACCAAUCGCCCGGUUCUACCUCCUCGCCCAAUGCAUAUUGCGACACAGUACUUCAAAAAACCUGGACGGGCGGUCUGUGUCAUUUGCAUCUCUGAAACACUUGCUAGAAGAGCAAAUGCACUCGAUCCUGGCCCAACUCAAAGUAUCGUCGCUCGAAUUCGAGCAAUACUAUCUCCUCGUCCUCAUGGAUAGCGCCUCGUUUUCCCUGACCCUUCGCGACGUGUACAUUCGCUCGGCCAACGCUCAAGCACUUUGGUCAUGGUUUCGCUCGAAUACUCGCCGUGGAAACUCGGAACAUAUCUUGCAUCGCGCUAUUCUCUUCGGUCGUCUCGCGGACCAAUACCAUCAACACCUCAUCGUCCUGUCGAAGGCAUUCACAAAGCAAGAUAAGUUCCCCCUCUCCGAUCUCGUGCGAAUCGUUGGUCUUACCUGUAUUGACGACGUGGCGCUUCUUUGUCAUGCCUUUCACAUCGACGUGCAUGAAAUCGAGUCCUCUGAGCCUUUCGUGCGCUUCAAUGAACGACCGCUUCAACACAACCCCGAUCCAGCAAUCCUCGCAGAGUUGAUGCAUCUCGAGUUCACUCGGAUCGAUGCACUCCGCCGUGGCGCUCCUUUCCGCGAGAUCCUAUUGCGGGGAAUGUGACGGUCGGGCAAAUAUCGUUUUGCAUUCGAUAAGUAUUCGAUUGUGCAAUUGGUGAAAUUCACAAAUUUUGCAGAGAAUGAACAAGUUUUCAUCAAAUGUA